UAUUUUGGCCUAAAUGAAACGUCCCUGGAGAAGUGAGAUGUUCAGAUUGUGCUGUGGCCUCUGUAGUAGAAGAAGUUUACAGCGAAAUAACUCUGAAGUAGCAACACCUAACAGUGAUGAAGGCAUUUGUCAGAAUCAGAAUCAGUUGUUGUGAAGUGUACGUCACACCAUUUCUUGCUCUGACUGCUUUCAUUUUCACGCUAGAUAUUUUUUCCUCUGAAUCAGUUCCCAUAUUACAAGACUCAAAAGCUAAUUUUACAUAUCAACCACAUACAUGAUUUUAUUUUGGGCAUUUUCUUUUUCUUUAAUCAGAAUGAGACGGAGGGUUUAAACUGCCUGGACCGCUCAGAUUCAGCUUCUGUCUCUUUGUGGGGUCUCAACCCUCAUGUUGGAAGCAGCCACAACACAUCCAAGUAUUUUGUUUAAAGUAUAAAACAGCGUUUCUCACCAAAAUGCUCUCUUCAGACGUGCUUUCAGAGUCACUUUUCUCCUCUUUGACGUGUUUUGUUUGCAGUCUGACAUUUAGGCGUUAACACUCCACUGACUCAAAGUGAAGCUGAGGGGGGAGUUGGGGGGGUUGUUGGACUGGUCAGGCGUCCUCAUUAACAUUUGAGUCACAUUGUGUCAUUACCAGCGCCGCGCGGCAUGCGGACCUCACGUUGCGCUCCGGACCCCUACGAGGCUGCUGUGGCUAAUUAGGGCCGACAGAAGUUAAGUCGUUAACUUUGACUUUCACUGCAACAUGAGGACUAAUCAACCCAAGACGCUCUCAGAGGGCGUCACGGCCGUCCAGUGACACCUCCGCCAAUCGCAUGCUUUUGUUGUCUUGAGGAUGAGGAGGAUGUGAAGAUGAAGAAGACUAUUUAUCUGCACACCUUAGUGGGACAGCGUUCAGCCUCUCCAUCGCCUACGCCCUGACUGCUUUGUUGGGGUUAGAUAGAUUCUGGACGCUCUUGUUGGAGUUGGAGAUGCUUCGCUCUCUGAUGCACGUACUCCUGGCGGCUUUGUGUUCGUCUCUUCUGCUGGUGCAGGUCGGCGGCGCUCCACACAGAGACGUGCUGAUUGAAACGCUGAGAGCGGACCUCACAAACGACAAGGAUCUGGCUCACCUGGUGCUGCUCAAGUUUAUGUCCGAGCUGAUGGCAUCCAGAGGGGACGUGACGCUCGGCGAGCUGGACGAGGAGGAGGAGGUGGCAGGCAGGGAGCAGGUGAUGAUGAGGCGGCGGCACCUUCCCCUCUCGCAGAGAGAGCGCAAGGCAGGCUGCCGCAGCUUCUUCUGGAAGACGUUCACCUCGUGUUAAUACCGAAGAGGAGAAAGGAGCAUUCUUGUUUUUAAAGGAUGAAUUAACCCCUGUGUGCUCACUUUGUAGUAACCGGAACAUUUGCUCCAGGAUCAAAAUAUACAGAUGCUCGACAUUUGUAAGGUUGUGUGUUUUAAGAUAUGUAAAUAAAAGGUUGUGAUUUUAAAAUGUGA